UCUAUUUCGUAUUGCCUUAUUUAAUGGGAGGGACAACGGGGUGUGAGAAUUUGAGCAUCUCAAAUACUCAUUUCGUGUAUUGUGUACGUGACAAAUUAUAAAUAAAUGUCUACUAAGCCAUUGAAGAUGCCUGCAGCGACGAGGGAUUCGACUAUACUUAAGAUUGCGGUGGAAAUGCUAAAUGCUCCCGAUAAGGUUCCUCAGUUGAUAGAAUUCGACCAAAGCCAACCCUUAUCAAGCAUUAUUCAGCUCCUCUGCAAGCCGUGGGGUCUCCCAGAUCCCGAUAACUAUGCGUUGCAGUUCUCGGAGAGCAACAACCAGAACUACAUCACCGAGAAGAAUCGCAAUGAGAUCAAGAACGGGUCCGUGCUACGUUUGGAGCAGUCGCCAGCGAAAACUGUGCAGGAGAUACUGUAUAAAAUUAACAAUGGAAAUGAAAUCGAGCAAGGUAAUGCUCUCACUAAACUCUCUAGCCUAAGCAGUGACCUCACUUUCGCGCUUGAAUUCAUUAACAAAAAGGGUUUGACCUUAAUAAUUUGUAAUAUUGAAUCUGGAAAAUUCAAAGGUACUUGUCUGAAGCAUGCUCUAGUUACUUUUGUUGAGCUUAUGGACCAUGGUAUCAUUUCCUGGGAUAUACUGGAGAAUCAGUUCAUUAAUAAAGUGGCAAGUUUUGUCAGUAACCAAAGCACAGCCCAAGAUCCUAAAGUCAUUCAGUCCUGCUUGUCUAUUCUCGAGAAUAUUGUUCUCAACAGCUCAGGAAAGAAUUCCCAGGUUGAAAAAGAAAUAACCAUUCCAAGUUUGAUCUCCCAAUUGCAAAAUCCUAAUCAAGAUGAAGUUAAAGUUAUUCAACAAAAUACUAUUGCUCUCAUCAAUGCUAUAUUGGCCAAAGCUGAUCUAACUAAAAGAAAAACUAUUGCUGCAACAUUGUCAUCAAAACAGGUCCGUAAUGUAAUUUAUGACAAUUUGGUUGGUGUAUUGGCCGUUCAAGCACAAGAUACAGAGCUGGCGCACCAGCUGUAUGUGCUACAGACACUUUUACUUGGCCUGCUUGAACCCAAAAUGAGACAGAGAGCUGAUUCACAAGAGCAGGAAUCACAGGAAAAGAUAAAAGAGCUAAGGAAAAUUGCAUUUGAAAAUGAUAACAAUUUCAACAUAGAAGUUACAACAAGACGUCAGCUUGGUAGCUUCUCAAAAGACUUUAAGAAACUUGGGUUUAAAUGUGAGAUUGAUCCAAUAAAAGAUUUUAAUGAAACACCUCCUGGUAUGUUGGCCUUGGACUGUAUGCUGUAUUUUGCAAGAAACUAUCCCGAAGACUACACAAAGAUUGUUUUAGAAAACAGCUGCAGAGCUGAUGAACAUGAAUGUCCAUUUGGUAAAACUAGUGUAGAACUUGUGAAGCAGCUGUGUGACAUAUUGCACAUUGGAGAGCCACCAAGUGAGCAGGGCCAAACAUACCACCCUAUGUUCUUUACCCAUGACCAUCCUUUUGAGGAACUAUUCUGUAUUUGCAUAGUCCUUCUUAACAAAACAUGGAAGGAGAUGAGAGCAACCUCAGAGGACUUUGUAAAAGUGUCCAGUGUUGUGAGAGAACAGAUAAGCAGGGCACUGGCAGUCUCGCCUAAAGGUUUUGACAAGUUUCGUCAGAAGGUUAACCAACUGACCUAUGCAGAGAUCACACAGAUUUGGCAGACUGAGAGAACUAAUAGAGAAGUUUGGGAGUCACAUGCUAGACCUAUUGUUGAGCUGAAAGAAAAAAUAACCCCAGAAAUUAUUGAUCUGAUCCAACAGCAAAGAUUGGGGGUACUAGUAGGUGGGACUAGAUUCAAAAAGUAUUCAUCAAGAGGGCAGAGGGUUAAGGAUAAAUUUUGGUAUGUCCGACUGUCCCCUAACCAUAAAGUUCUCCAUCAUGGAGAUUGUGAUGAAAAAAGCACACCAAGUUUAGAAGAGCUUGGUAACAAACUGUCAGUAGCAGACAUAAAGAGUGUCGUAACAGGAAAAGAUUGCCCACACAUGAAAGAUUUACGAGGCAGAAAAAUAAACCCAAGCUUGGCUUUCUCCCUGAUACUCAAAUCUGCUGAAGUGACUUCUUUAGACUUUGUGGCCCCAGAUGAGCAGAUAUUUGACUAUUGGACAGAUGGUGUUAAUGCUCUACUAAAGGAAAAGAUGACAAGUAAAUCAUAUGAAAAUGAUCUUGAAACUUUGUUGUCAAUGGAUAUAAAAGUGCGUCUACUCGAUGCAGAGGGCAUUGACAUCCCACAGGACCCUCCACAGAUACCUGAUGAACCUGAAGAUUACGACUUUUACUAUGAUAAUAAUUAAACGUUUCCAUUUUAUUCAUAAGAUGAUUUUCCAGAUUAAAAUAUUACUUCCAUGUGUAUCAAAAAUUAUUAUUAAGUAUUAGUAGUUGAAUAAGUUUUAAGCAAGAUAUUUAUUAAUUUUUAAUUAAUUUAAGAAAAUGUUUCCAUUUAUUCUGACUGAAUUUUAUCAGCACUUCCACUUAAUAAUAUAACAGUGGCCAUAUUCCAUAUUAUAUUUUAUAUACCAAAGAUCAGGUCUAAAGAACAAGAAAAUAUAUUUUAAAAUGUGUGUGUACAAAUAAAUGUUUUCCUAGACA